AUGUCCAAAGACACUAAAAAAUCAUUCCCAAUAUUACUUCUUGAUGUCUUGACUUCAGAUCUUAAACCAAAAGAUUUGCAUAAAACAAUAUCGGAUCAACUCGAAGUUAAAUACCUUUCAAGUUCUGCUCAGGAACUAGAUGAAAUUGAAGGAAUAAUGUUUGGUAGAGCUAGUAGACUUAUUAGCUUAAUGACGAUGAAAAUAAAAAUAGAUGUCAAGAAUGUACAUUUUUUAAUAGAUACAGAAUCAUCAGAAACCUUUGUCUGUGAGAAGGUGCUCAAUUCGUUCAAUUUGACUGUCGUGACCCAAAUGACAAUUUGCAUGUAUAAUUUUUAUUUAACAUAA